AUGGACAAAAAGUUCACCACGAGUUGCGCAGACGCGGCCUCCUGGGGAGGCCGGAAGAGGCGGGCCGGGAACCACGAGAGCGGAAGUAGCGCCAUCGCUGCCGCCGCGGCCGACGAGCCAAUGCCUAGAGCGAGUUCCCGCGCCCCGGCGGCUGCCGGCUCUCCCCGCGGGGCCCGGGUCUGCGGGGAGGACUCUGGGGGCCUGCGGAAGGAUACAUCUGACAUGUCCUUUGAAGAGCUGUUGGAAUUGCAGAGCCAAGUGGGGACUAAGACAUACAAACGGUUGGUAGCUGGAAACAGUUCUAAGAAGGAAGGCUCUAGACCACGUGUCCAAAAUGCCUGUGUUGCAGAUAAGCACAGGCCUCUGGAAAUGUCAGCCAAGGUCCGGGUGCCAUUUUUGCGUCAAGUUGUCCCCAUCAGUAAGAAGGUAGCCCGGGAUCCCCGCUUUGACGAUCUGUCAGGAGAAUAUAAUCCUGAGGUGUUUGACAAAACAUAUGAAUUCCUGAAUGACAUCCGAGCCAAAGAGAAAGAGCUUGUGAAAAAGCAGUUGAAGAAGCACCAUUCAGGGCAGGAGCAUGAGAAACUGCAGCAGCUGCUUCAGAGAAUGGAGCAGCAAGAAAUGGCACAGCAGGAACGCAGGAGGCAACAGGAGCUGCGCCUGGCCCUGAAGCAGGAGCAGAGGGCUCGGGCCCAGCAGGGCCAUCGGCCAUACUUCCUGAAGAAAUCUGAGCAGCGGCAAUUGGUCCUAGCUGAGAAGUUCAAGGAGCUGAAACGCAGCAAGAGGCUAGAGAGCUUCUUGAGUCGAAAGAGGCGCCGAAAUGCAGGCAAGGACCGGAGACAUCUCCCUUUGAGCAAAGAGUAAUAAAGAACUGUUUUGAGCUCUACCACUGCCCCAGUGAGAAAUGGAUCUGCAGGGACAGACUUGGGCUUGGCGUCUUCUGGUUCUUUUCCACUCAAGGGUGAGGAUCAUGGCUGCCCUUGAGCUAGAUUAGCUCAAAGAUGACUAGAGGGUCUUGGACUACCCCAAGGUUGGACAAGAAGAGCAGCUCAGCUUGUACUCUGGCACACUUCCUCUGCUUGGAUCUGGUUCAUCGUGGCUUCAUGUCCUCCCAUCCUUACUUUAAACUAAUGAUUGUGGUAUAGAAAUAAAAGGGCCAAUGAGUGAUCUUCAGGCUGGUGAAAGCCAUGAAGUCCGUGGAUGGCUCCUAGGGCUGGAGCCAGUUCGUAAACAUUCCUGUCACUCUUCUUUUUAUUAUUAUUAUUAUUAUUAUUUUUUAAAGAUUUUAUUUAUUUAUUCAUGAGAGACACAGAGAGAGAGGCAGAGACACAGGCAGAGGGAGAAGCAGGCUCCAUGCAGGGAGCCCGAUCCCGGGACUCCCGGAUCAGGCCUUGGGCUGAAGGCAGGUGCCAAACCACUGAGCCACCCAGGGAUCCCUCUUCUUUUUAUUAUUAACUGUUUUUUUGGUGCGAUUGUGGGUGACCUAGAACUACUGUUUCAGCAGGCCACAUGGAGGGGCUGGCAACAAAUGUAAGGCUCCCACAAAGGAGGAUAUCAGAUCAGAGAUCCCUCAAAGAAGACACAGUCAUUGAAAGAGUGGACCACUCCCACAGCUCACCUACUUAGCUUUGGUCUGGAUACAAGAGGAGGUAGGGGAUGAGGACACGAAGUUUCCCCAAUAAUGUGUUAGCACAGCUGGCCCUUAGCACUGUUUGGGUCUAGAGUUCAUACUACCGGUGUAGACUGGAAAAUCCUUAAGGUAAUAAUUCAGUUUGAAGUGGUCUCAGGUUGUUUUUAGGCACUUAGCAGAAGCAAAUGUAAUCUUCUCUUGAGGUUUGUACUUUAAACCCAAGCUUCAAGGAAUUCCUUCAGAUAAAAUUUGAAGGAAUGUGUGCUUUCAGUGAAAAUACAAAGUACACAAGGAAAGAAAUCACCAUGAGUAAGAGUCAUUAGGGACACUAGGCAACAGAGUCAGACCAACAAAGACAUGUUAGAAAUACGAAAUACAAAAUAUAGGGGCUCCUGGAUGGCUCAGUAGGUUAAGCAUCCGACUCAUGAUUUUGGCUUGGUUCUGAUGAUCUCAGGGUCAUGGGAUUGAGCCCUAUGUCCUUGCUCAAGAGGAGUCUGCUGAGAUUCUCUCCCUCUGCCCCUCGCUCUCUUUCUCUAAAAUAGAUAAAUAAGUCUUUAAAAAAAACCACAAAACAUAAGAUAUCUUGCUUGUACUUAAAGCGCACGUAUGACUAAAGAAAAUCUCUAAAAGGACCAAAUUGGUCUGAUAAAAAAUAAAGCUUUUAAAAAUGAA